CCGAGAAAAGAGGCAACCAUCGCAUUCAGCAGACGCAAUAAUUUGCAUUUUCUGCCAUUCUGUGGUUAAGCAUUGAUUCGAUUGCAUUUUUGUGCAGUUAAAAUAAAAGUAAUCGUUCGGAAUUACCUUCGCAAAUAAGGUUAUAGUGGUUCGUCCACACGAAAACCGUGUCCACGAGGUGAAAUCUGCGCCGCCAACAAUGGAAAUCACCGAGAACAAUUUCGAGCGUCUCGCCAACUAUCUGCAGCAAACAUUGAGCCCCGAUCCCGAAGUGCGCCGGCCUGCGGAGCGUUUUAUCGAGAGCAUCGAAAUUAGUCAAAAUUAUCCGCUCCUCUGUUUGCACCUGAUCGAUCGCUCCCAAGUGGAUAUUACCAUCCGGGUGGCAGCUGCAAUUGCAUUCAAGAAUUUUGUCAAGCGCAACUGGGGGUAUCACUUGGAGAACGAUGGGCCCGAUAAGGUGGCUGAAUCCGAUCGGAACGGUAUUAAAACAAUGAUCGUUCCACUGAUGUUGAAAUCCCCGUUGUCUAUCCAGAAGCAACUCAGCGAUGCCGUGAGUAUUAUAGGAAAGUACGAUUUCCCGCUUAAGUGGCCCCAGCUGAUGGAUGAGAUGAUCGAGAAGUUUGCCACCGGCGACUUCAACGUUAUCAAUGGAGUCCUCCAGACGGCUCAUUCCCUAUUCAAGCGCUAUCGGUACGAAUUCAAAUCGCAAGAACUCUGGGAGGAAAUCAAAUUCGUGCUAGAUAAACUGGCGAAACCGUUAACGGAGUUGUUGCAAGCCACUUUAGGCCUAGCUGAAGCUCAUGCCAACAAUGAAGAAGCAUUGAAGAUUAUCUACGGGUCGCUUGUGCUGGUGUGUAAGGUGUUCUAUUCGUUGAACUCUCAAGAUUUGCCGGAGUUCUUCGAGGAUAAUAUGGAUACCUGGAUGAAGGCAUUCCACGGGAUGCUAACAAUUGACAUUCCAUGCUUGAAAACAUCGGACGAUGAAGAUGCGGGUGUGUUGGAGCAUUUGCGAUCGCAGAUUUGCGAAAAUCUUUGCCUGUAUGCUCAGAAAUAUGACGAAGAAUUCGGUCCUUACAUGCCACAGUUUGUGACAGCCGUGUGGGAGUUGUUGGUCAAUACCGGAAUUCAAACCAAAUACGACACGUUGGUCUCGAAUGCGUUGAAUUUCCUGAGCACGGUUGCCGAUAGGAAUCACUACAGGCAUCUGUUUGAAGACCCAAACGUUUUGGCAAGCAUCUGUGAGAAAGUCAUCAUACCCAACAUGGACUUCCGGGUGUCGGAUGAAGAAUUGUUUGAGGAUAAUCCCGAGGAGUACAUCCGACGAGACAUUGAGGGAUCCGAUGUGGAAACAAGACGCCGAGCUGCAUGUGAUUUGGUGAAAACCCUCUCUCAGAACUUCGAAUCUAAGAUAAUAGAAAUUUUCGGGCAAUAUUUGCAAGUCUUGCUGGCCAAGUACGCCGAAAAUCCGGCCAAUAAUUGGAAGACCAAGGACACCGCAAUCUACCUAGUAACUUCAAUGGCUUCCAAAGGUCAAACGCAGAAGCUUGGUGUCACUCAAACAUCGGAGCUGGUUCCUCUACCUCAAUUCACCCAACAGCAAAUAAUUCCCGAAUUGGAGCGAGCCGACGUGAACGAACUUCCGGUACUAAAGGCGGAUGCUCUCAAAUUUAUUAUGACCUUCCGAACGAUUCUCGGACCGCAAAUCAUUGUGGCCACGCUGCCACUGGUGGCGAAACACCUCGCCGCAGGGAACGUUGUAGUUCAUAGUUAUGCCGCUUGUGCAAUCGACAAAAUCCUCACCAUGAAAGGACCGGACAAUAAACCAAUUGUUACCAAGGAAAUCCUAGCUCCGCUGAGUGCUGAAUUAAUUACUGGUCUGUUUGCUGCUUUCACCGUUCAGGGUUCCAACGAAAAUGAAUACAUCAUGAAGUGUAUUAUGCGAACGUUGAAUACACUACAGGAAGCUUCGCUUCCGUUUAUGAUUGUAGUGCUACCGCGUUUGACGGAGAUCCUGACCGUGGUUUCCAGAAAUCCUUCUAAGCCACACUUCAACCAUUAUUUGUUUGAAACGUUGUCGCUCUCGGUUAAGCUCGUUUGCAAAGCAGAUCCCAAUGCGGUCAGUUCGUUCGAAGAGGCUCUGUUUCCAGUAUUCCAAGGCAUUCUGCAGCAAGACGUUCUCGAAUUCAUGCCCUACGUAUUCCAAAUGCUGUCGCUGUUCCUGGAGAUUCGUGAGGGUAAAAGCGCCAUUCCGGACACGUAUCUGUCGCUGUUCCCAUGUCUGCUGGCGCCAGCCCUGUGGGAGAGACCAGGCAAUGUGACACCUUUGAUCCGACUACUGUGUUCUUUCGUUCGUCAAGCUUCGCCACAAAUUAGCGCCGAAGGCAAGCUGAACGGUGUGCUCGGCGUAUUCCAGAAGAUGAUCGCUUCCAAGAGCAACGACCACGAGGGAUUCUACCUGAUGCAAAACCUCCUGUUGCACUAUCCAUCCGAGGAACUAGGACAAAGCAUGCGUCAGAUAUUCUCGUUGCUCUUCCAACGAUUGAGUUCCUCCAAAACGACCAAAUUUGUGCGAAGUUUCAUCGUUUUCCUGUGUUUGUAUGCGGCCCGAGUUGGUGCACAAGCUCUCGUACAGCUUAUUGAUAACAUUCAAGCUUCAAUGUUUGGCAUGGUCAUCGAACGCAUCUUCAUUCCCGACAUCAACAAAGUUUCCGGCGAACUGGAACAGAAGAUUGCUACCGUCGGUAUCACCAAGUUGCUGUGUGAAGCUCCGGAACUGCUUUCCGACGCAUACGUAAAGUUCUGGCCCCAGUUGCUGCAGACGGUCAUCCAGAUCUUCGAACUCCCACCGGACGAAUCCAACAUCGACGGGGAUACGUUCAUCGAGAUCGAAGAUGUGCCCGGCUAUCAGGCCGCCUAUUCACAGCUUAACUUUGCUCAAGCGAAACCCAUCGAUCCCCUGCCAGAAGUGGCAAAUGCCCGUCAGUUCCUGGUGCAGAAUCUCGGCAAGCUGGCCCAAUCGAAUCCAGGUAAGAUCGGUGUGCUGGUGGCAUCGCUGCCGGUGGCACACCAGGAAGCGCUGCAAAAGUACUGUGCACAAAGUGGGGUGCAAAUUGCCUGAAUUUCAACACACAAUCAAUUCACGCGCGCUUGAUUUUCGUUUAUUGCCACAUACACUCUUCUUCACCUAUACCUAAAUUUUAAGCCAACUGCAUUAAACCGUAGGGUAUCAUCAGUGUUAUCGUGUAAGUGAGAGUUUGAAUAAAAAUGCUAGGUGUUACUUUUUA